UGUAACCUCCUCUUCUUCCAUUCCUCUCCCUUCCUCUCACCGCCAAAUAUAUCCCUUUACCUUCUCUGCCAACCCUGCGGAGCCGUAAAUAUAGAAUGACGUGGGACCCCGUUAGCGGCAGCCGGCCGCAGAAUUCCAAAUGAACUAGAAUCGCGUCACCGGGUGGCAAACUGUCAAACGGUCGUCGUCCGUGAACGUUUUAGAUAUCAACACGACGACGCUGACGCACAUAUGGACCCGAUCGUUCUCCCACAGCAGCAUCCUGACCAUGAUCGUCAGCUUUUCCGACCUUCCGCGCGAGACCAAGAAGUACCAAGGCCACGUCGUGCGUCCGCUGUACGUCGUCCUUCUCACCACAAAGGAGACCAUGAACGAGUUUGCGAUGGCCACCGGACAGAUCGAUAUCUCUUUCCCCAUCUGGUUCGUGAUGUUCCUGCCGCACCAGGGAGAUCCGCUGCGGGACUUCUGUCGAUCCCCGAUCGGGAAUCCAUUCCAUCUGAUGUUCAACACCGAGAUGCUGGCGAUCUGCUACGAUCAACCGAUCCUCUCGGAAUGGUACGCGUUGCAGAGGAAUCGUACCAUUGUCUCGAGUCUGGCCGAGUGGAAACCCGGUCAAAAGUUCAGGCCAACAAUGAACAACAGCCUCCAUGCGAGGAGGAACAACUUGUACGGGGAAUACCUGCGCAUUGCCUACGUUGAGCAGUCUGCGUUCGUCGCGGUGAAAGACGGGGUGUUCACGGAGUUCCUCGGCGCGGUGGUCCAGGAGUUGAGCAGGUCGAUCAACUUUACGAUCAAAGUGACGAGCAGCGAGGUCUUGUACGGCAACUGGAACGAGGAGAGGCAGGCCUGGACGGGGGUGAUCGGCGAGGUCGUCUCGGGGAUGGUCGACAUUGGCGUCGCGGAAUUCAGCAUGACCAGCCACCGGAUGGACGUGGUGGACUUCACGUUGCCGUUGAUACUGUCCCGCAUGAGGGUGUACUUCAGGAAGCCCGACAACUCGUCCGUGAGGUGGUCCGCGUACUUCAAGGCAUUCGACCUCUACAUUUGGAUGGGAGUGGUAUGUAUAAUCCUGUCGGCCCCGAUAAUUCUGACUCUAAUGAAGACGAAGGGCCGUUUCGUCAUGACGACCAUCGGGGAGAACUACAUAAACGUGUGGGGGAUCUUUUGCCAGCAAGGCCUGUCAGAAUUUCCGCACGAGUCCUCGCUGAGAUUCGCCUUCAUGUCGAUAUUCGUGGCCUCGUUGGUGAUCAUGUCCGCUUACUCGGCCUCGUUGAUCAGCUUUUUAACCGUCUCCACGUCCAGCUUACCGUUCUCCACUCUAGAGGAAUUCGCGCAGCACGGCUCCUACAAGCUGAUCGUUUUCAGGAACAGCGCGGACUACGACAUGCUUAUCUCGUCCAACGACACCGUGUCGUCCAAGUUGACGAGGCUUCUGAAGGAGAAGGAAGACUUACCUUUGACGGUGACCGAAGGCUUCGAGCAGGUCUGCUCGAAAAAGGUGGGUUUCUACAUCACCGAGGCGAUCGUGAACUCGAUGGGCCGCUUGCCGUGCGAGAUCGCGUACAUCGACGCCAACAGGAUCGAGAGUUUGGCGAUCGUUCUCAACAAGCGCAGCCCUUACACAGGAAUCGUGAAUUACGACGUUCCUCGAGUACACCGAGUUUCCAGCUGUCUCGGGUACAUUCCUUCCAGGUUGCAACGGUUCAAAGACAACGGGGUGUUGAACAGGCUGAGAAACACGUUCCUCGUGACGCCCGUGUCCCACGAGAAGGGGUACCCCGUGGUUACUUUGGGCAGCGUCGCGUCGAUCCUGGCUAUCCUGGCGGGUGGCAUGGUCCUGGCGUGCGCUAUGUUGAUCAUCGAGAAGAUGUACUUCAACCUGUGGGCCAGCAAGACCGGCGAAAGUUCUCGCUCCCCGAAACUCUGCCGGAAGCCGAGCGGAGAGCUGAAAACGAGCGUGAAAUUCCGUGAGAAACGUACCGUUGGUAGAUCGCCCGAUGGCUAGACCGAGGAAUGCGGGUUUGAUCGGUCAGCUUUCAUCUUUUCUCAUUCCAUUUUCGACGCUAAUUUCGCAUCGGUCGAUGCUACGAACGAAACACUCGCCGAAAGAGCCCUCUAGCUUCUCUGUGUAGCUCACAUUAGACAUUGAGUCAUCUCCGAAUAGUAUACACCGAAUUAGCAGGAAUCGGCUGUCGUAAUAAUCGCUGAUAAAUUGCGCGAACGUUCCAUACGGUUUUAUCUCGUAUCGCGUAACGAACGAGCCUCGAUGAUUAUUUCAUGAAGCCGCGCGCGGAGUCGAUACCGGCGCGCAACGGAACGAGGAAGGCGCGUUUUACAACGCGUAUUGUGCGAUUAACAAGCCGGCUUGUUAACACUCGAACACUCGGCCACGCGUUGGCGUGCUUUCAUUCUGUAAAUUCAAAGAAAGCGAAGCUUCCUUAACUCGCGACCCACCGAAUAACAUAUUAUCCACGUAAUAACCACCAUGUUCUGCAAUUCAUUUUAAACCGGUCUGUUUUCAGCUUAUCAAAGCAGAGCUAACGUUCGCUAAAUGAUUCCAUUAAACGGCCGGCAUUUGACGCAUUUCGUACCCCGCUGGGUAUUUCAAUGUUAAUUCUUUCCGUCGGUGCCUAUUCCGCUCGUGGAAUCGCUUUCACUGCGGCUCGCGCGGAGUAACCGCGAGUAAUUAGUUGCAAAUUUCCGCGUAUCGUUCCCGCCGCGAGCAUUCCGCGGUGAGACUCGAUGGACCUUUCGAGUUUCUAUUUUUUAUGCGGGCCUCCGCUCCAAUUAGCGGAUAUUUAUCCGGGUUGCACCGUUUGCCAUAGGCCAAGUCGAAUUCGGUUCGUAUUUACGAUUGUCCGGGAUGUUUGUGAAUUACCGAUCGCCUCGAGCGUGGGCGGAGACGGCUUUGUUGUUGGAACGGCUAUUGUUUUCUCUGCGAGCGGCGUGUUCUGCAUCAAACGGGCAACGGAACGUACCGAUCUCGCGUUUCGAAAGUUGCAAAUUGAAAAUAUCAAACGGCACGCUGCGCGUUGCGCCGGUCUUCGUUAAGAUCUAACCGUUUGUCGUUUAACACGGCGUAUUAGCGAAUCUCGUUAAGUGGUUUGAUUAAUGACAUUCUGCAGGGUAAAUACAACGGUUUGCGUAAUAACUGCAAUUAUCGGCCGAUCGCGUUUAGCCGAAGACACGUCGAUUCGUACGGAACGCCUGACCCACGACCUUUUCGGGAGAAAUUCACCCACGUGACUAUCUUCCCACGUGAAUCAAGCAGCAUCCACUGUCUGCCCGGCGAAAACACGGGGCCCUCGUUAAUUUUCCAUACGUUACUCAUUAUUCAAUUUUCAGAAACAUCAUCGGGUCGCAUCAUACGACCCUAUGUAUUUUAUUCAAAUUAUUCGUUCGUCGUUUCAACCGCGAUGAACCUAUUGAUUAAUACGUGAAAUUCAUUCGUGUACGCUGCAAUUAAAGUAGUUUGUUCCUAGACAUUUGUAUCUUAAAGUUAUUCAUUGAAACAUCUGAAUCUCUCUGAAUUUUCAUCGUGAUUUUAACUCUGGGGAGACUGAACCGAGAAGACUGCGAAAAUAGGAACCCUGUUUCAUCCAAAUUAUUUCCCAGGCUCCUUCUGCGGUUUUUCGAGCCGACGGUUCGGUCUCUGACUCACUCUCGUGUGCUAACGCGUUGCUAAAAUAAAUGUUCCCGAGUUUCCUUUUUCGCCGAAUACAAUCAACCCGCGGGACAACGGUGCAGCGUCGCUCGGGGCAGAUGUCCUUCCCCCGUUUUUUCGAUUUUCGAUCCGGCCGACUCGGAAUCGACCCACGAUUCCUGCGUUUCCAGGGGCAGCGUAGGUUCACGUGUAAACAAAGGUGCAUCCUGCGGCGCGGCGUAGAUCGGCAGCGAGCCAGCGAGCAUAAGUAACUGCGCACGGGCCGGAUACGGACGAGCACGCGCUGCGUUUCCGGUUUCCGUAUGACCGGAAGUGACCUUUGCCUCAUUAAGGAAAAGUUACACGCGCGCGUUACGAUCCCCCUGCAGGUAAACCCAGCCGCGAUGCCUCGAAGGGGACUCGGGUCUUGAUUGUUUAAAGCUAGGUGUCCGUUCGAGAGGAAAAUUAUCGAGACUCGAUCUCGGAAGCUUCUCUCGCGAGCGUACACUUUAUUUUCUAUAAGUUGAUUGAAAAGAUGACAGUGUUAAUCGAGUUUACGAAGACACGAGGAGAGCAAAGGAGUCAAGAAACGCGUCGUCCACGUAAGCGCGUAGUAACCUUUUCAAGGUGAAGCCUUUUGAAGACGCUCCGACCGGUAAAUAAUGAUUCGUCAUCGAUGAUUCUUUAUUUUCUAUAGCUCGAGUAUGAGGCAAAGAAAAGUAAAAGUCAAGAGACAACACGUUCUCGAACGAAAUGGACGAGCUGAACCUGUUGGUUGAUAUUAAAGCAGCUCGAAAGUUGACGGUUUCUUGUGCAUCGUUCCGAGGGUAAUCAGGGCCCGAUAACAUUUCACGGAAACCGCAAAAAGAAUCGGGGAACGCGAUCGUGACGCUUCUUUCCGUGCAAACGGGGCGCGAUUAGCCGCGAGACGUUAAUCUCUCGAACGAUCCUUCCGAUCCUGUCCCGUGGACCAGGUAAUCAUCGAUCCAGCUCGUUUUUUCUUUGCUCCUUCGUUCCCCGUUUCGUCGUCGGCGAAAAAGAACCGGAUAGCCUUGGCUGAGUGCAUUCUCCGUCGGGAGUGGAUCGUCAUCGAUAUGACGACGCUCGACGGGAGAUAUUAAUUGGAAACGACAGAGGACCCGAGGCAACAGCUUUCGACGUGAACGCUCGGUGCGCGCCGCGCCGCGCCGCGCCGUUCGUCUUGAUCCGCGGUAACGAGACCGGACGACCUCGGCUUUAACAAUUCGAACGAGUCCUCUUGUCUACGCGAAUUUCAUCUUUUCGAAAGUAUCCAGUUCUAUCACGUACGAAAAUACUCUAGGAAUUACUCGAGAUUGUUUCGUAAUCGUCCGCGACAGCAGACGAAGUGUGUCGCGGAACAAAUUCCUCGGAUUCCUACAAUUUUUGUAAUUCCGCUGGUUACGUGAAACCGUGGAUGCAUUCUUGAGACCAUGGACGAUCGAAAAAUCGUAAACAAAUUAUGUUAAUCUUCCGGAGCAGAUGAAUCUCGUUGUUCGAUGAUUACAUUCUAAUCCUGGGAAUAGCAGAUAGAUCAAACUAAUCCGUUCCCGAGUUCCGGCAAUUACUGGCAAGAUACCAAACGCUUUCCUAACGAACCACCCAGGCGACUGGUUUAGUAAUACGCCAACCGAGUCGCGAGUCAAUCGAAAUCUUAAUAGGCACACGGUUCGAGUUUCUAUAGAGGAAUUCGAAAAAGGCAAUUUCACUGGUCGGUAGUUCCAGCGUUAAAACAGUCCGUUGUUUAGCUGCGUUGCACGUGGCAGUCAUUGUUGGCAGGUUGUGUCAUCCCUGGGGUGGUCCAGAAUGCCAUUAUUAUCGCGCUUCGCGCCGUCUAGGCUAGGACUGUCCCCGUCGCCUUCGUACCGCCACCGGUAACAAUGAUCGGUUCGAACGAUUGCGAACCAGGAAACAAUAAUGCGCGGCGAUAAUCACCAUUGUCACGGAGGGAACAAUGAUGUUCGCGGUGACGAGGCACGCUUCGCGGCGAGAUCGACCGAGAAACGAGAGUCUGUGCAAAUGGGAGCCCGGUUACAUGUAACAAGAACAGGCGCGUAAUCGCCCCGGGUGAAAGAGAACCAACCCUUUGCUCUACGAUUUCGUCCGGAACUGCGCUCGCUGGAACCGUUUGAUCGUUAACGGCUUCCAUUAAAAGCAGAGAAGAAUUCUAUAUUCGUCCUGUGCCUGCAUUCGCUUCGAAGAUCAAAAAUUAAGCCUACUCAUUCUCCGAAUCAAAUUCCGCAGCACAAAGAAUAGGAAAAUCUGACGCAGCAGUAUAGAAGACAAUCGAAUACACAUUGUAGAAUAUAUUUUACCUCAUUGUUAUACAAAUAGGUUUAA